UGGAUCGUCCGGCGAACGCGAUGGUGUCUUCCUCGGCCUAUGUGACGACGCGGCUCAACCAAACGGUUGCCAUUCGUCCCAACACGAGCCGCCUCCCGACCGACAAGCUGCCGCCGUCGAGUACGCUCAUUUCGCUCUUUCAGCGGACGGUCAAGCGGUACGGGUACCAAAAGGCGCUCCACGAGAAGCGCAAGGACACGUGGUAUUCGCUGACGUGGCGCCAAUACUACACGCAGGCCCAAGAAUUCGCCAAGAGCCUCAUCCGCAUCGGGCUCCAGCCGCACGAAGUCGUUGGCAUUUGCGGGGCGAAUUCGUCCGAGUGGCUCAUUGCGUACAUGGGCACCAUCAUGGCGGGCGCGGCGGCCACCGGCAUCUACCUCGGCACGACCAACGAUCUCUGCCAGUACAUUUGCGGCCACUCGGAAGCGCGCAUCGUCGUCUGUGACAGCGUCGCGCAGCUCGAGAAGCUCAUUGCGAUGAAGCCGUACCUGCCACGGCUCAUGGCCCUCGUGCUCUAUGGCAAGCGCGUGCCCACGACUCUCCGGUCGCCGAUUCCCGUGUACGGCUGGGACGCCUUCGCGAUCCUCGGCGACGACAUCACGCGGGGCACACUCAAGCGCCGCAUGGAGAGCGUCGAGCCGGGCCACUGCGCAGCCUUGGUCUACACGAGCGGCACGACCGGUCUCCCCAAGGGUGUCAUGAUCUCACACGACAACUUUUGCUUCAACGCAUGGUGCAUGGACAAGAGCAUUGACCGCGACUACCACACGCGCUUGAGCAACCGCGACGUGCUCGUGUCGUACUUGCCGUUAGCACACAUCACGCCGCAGCUCAACGACAUCAUCUUGCCCCUCGUCAUUGGCUACGAAGUCCACUUUGCCCCGCGGGACGCACUCCGUGGCGGUCUCGGCAAGAUCAUCAAGGAGAUUCGCCCGACCCGCUUUUGCGGCGUCCCGUAUGUCUGGGACAAGAUGGCCGUCAAGAUGCGGGACCUGCACGGCAAGUCGCGCGGUCUCAAGAAGCAGCUCGUGCACUUUGCGACGUCGCGUGCGAUCAAGAAGACGCGCAUCUCGCAGUACGGCCAACACGGCGGGCCGCCCUGCGGAGUGGGGAUCGCUGAAAAGCUCGUGCUCUCGCGCGUGAAGGCCUCGCUGGGCCUCGACCGCUGCAAGACAUUUUCGGUCACGUCGGCGCCGCUUCGGUCCGAGACCCUCGAGUUCUACGGCGGUCUCGACAUUCCCAUCAUGGAGUUUUUCGGUCAAACCGAGACAGGCGGCUUGGCGACAAUGAACGUGCUGCACUGCUGGAAGAUGGGCUCGGUGGGUCGACCACUCCUCGGGACAGAGAUGCGCGUCACCAAGGACACGCACGAGCUGCUCUUCCGCGGCCGGCACGUCAUGAUGGGCUACCUCAAGCGCGACCAAGACACGAAAAAUGUGAUCGACGAAGAGGGCUGGCUCUACUCGGGCGACACAGCCGUCAUCGACGAAGAUGGGUUUGCGACCAUCACGGGGUCCAUUCCCGAGACGAUCCGGACCGCCGGUGGCGAGCGGAUAUCGCCGGUUGCACUCGAGAGCAUUCUCAAGGCCGAGAUUCCCCUCCUCUCGAACGUCAUGGUCAUUGGCGAGCAGCGCGAGUUUUUGCUGGCACUCUUUACGCUUAAAGUGCUCUUGGACGAAGAGGGCCGCCCGACGCCGACGCUCGAGGACGACGUGCGAGAAAUGUGCGGCGUCCUGGGGUCCCGGGCGCGGACAGUCGACGAUGCGAAGCGCUGCCCCAAGGUCCAAGCGUAUUUGGACGACCGGCUCGCGGACGUCAACAAGACGACGAGCCAGCUCUUUUCGUUUGGCCACUACAUCGCCAAGUAUGCGAUCCUCGACAACGACUUUAGCGUUGCGGGCGACGAGCUCACGCCGACGCUCAAGCUCAAGCGGUCGCGUGUCCUUGAAAAGCACGCGGCGGUCGUCGACGCCAUCUACGAGAUGUAAAUUGUAUUUACCGUUGGAUAUCAAAGUUUACACAAAGAAUGGUGGUGUUGUUGACGCAUUGUCUGUGUGUGUAGUCUCGAGGACGG